GAUCAUGAUUUUAUUAAGAUGAUCAAAAAUUAUUUGGCUAAAGUGUAUAAACGUGAAGAGAAAUUUAUCCAAGAAAAUAUAGCAGAUUUAAAAAGCAAUUCCAACAAAGAAAACAUAUCCUCUUAUGUUCAGCUAAAAAAUCUGCUAAAGGUUGCCACUAAGGGUAGGCCGAAAUUAGUCAGCCAUCAUAAAGAUAAUAUAAAUCAACAUUUGACACAUAAUAACAGUAAGCAAAAGCGCCCGAAUCUUUGCAGUUACUGCAAAGAAUCAGGUCAUAAUAUUGCUACAUGUUCUAAAAAGCUCAUAGAUCAAAAUUGA